AUAGUAAUAAUAAUAAUAACAAUAAGCAAUCCAACUUAUCACAUGUACCUUGUAAGUUUUUUAAACAAGGAACAUGCACAGCAGGAGCAAAUUGUACAUUUUCCCAUAACUCAGAUCUUUCAUCAGAAAGUGCAGUUUGUAAAUACUUUAUUAAAGGAAAUUGCAAAUUUGGUACAAAGUGUGCAUUAUUACAUACAAUGUCUCCUUAUGGUACCAGUGCUGGUACGAUUGGUAUUAAAACAAAUACUCUCACUGCCAAUACUCCACCCAACCUAUCCUUUCUGGGAAGACGUACGAUGAGCAGCAGUCUAGGGCCGUCAUUUUUAAAUAGCAGUGACCCCUUUGCUUCCUCUGCGCCUGCCGUAUCCUUGUUUCAUCAACAAUUCAACGAUCAAUCCUCUUCAUUAUGGCGCAACCAAAGCCCACGCACAAAUAUGAUCUCAGCCGAUCUCAUUGGCUUACGCUCUUCUCCGCGUGAAUCAUCCGAUCAUCUCUUAUUUGGCAGUACGAGCAGCAGCAGCAGUCGUACUUAUUUGCAUCCAAGAAACAACGGAUAUAGUAACUUUAGUUCAAGCAUACCUGAAACAAAUCAAAAUUAUCGUCAUCCAAACUCAUCCAAUAAUAACUACUUGAACAACACAUUGGAUAAUGAUGGAGGACUUGACUUGAAUGAUGCUAUGCUUCCUUCUUCUCUCAAUGACUUAUUCACACCCACUGAGCUACAGGCUAGAAAAUUAAGACAACAAGAACAGGAACAGCAACGUUAUUACUCGAUGAGUCCAACAGGGGUUAAUAAUGAUUGGCUAUCAGACAAUCAACAGAUAUGGAAAGUACCUUUCUUGACAAAACAAAACGAAACAUUAGAUCACGACGAUAGACUAUUAAACACACCUACAACACAGGCAAUAAACAUUCCAGGUGGAAACAGUAACCACGAAAGCAACAAUUAUUUACAUCAUCCUCAACAACAAGAUGAUCCUUUACCUCCUCAACAAGAUGACGAAGUUCAAUUCUUUAUGGAAGAUGAUGAAGCUAUACCAUAUGACACAAAAAGCCAUGAGGUCUUAAACAUGACGACUACAGUUAAUAAUAUUAAUAAUAACAAUAUAAACAAUGGCAAUAGUAAUAGUAGCAGUAGUAGUAGUAGUAAUGUGACUAUAAAGACUCCAUUCUAUAUUUAA